AUGCCCCAGCCAGGCGACGACACGCUCGCCCACCUCGCGAGCAUCUCCCUCCCCUCCCACUCUCCCUCCCUCCCCCAACAACAACAAGCCCCCCCCAGCCAGACCUACACCCCCAACCUCGCCCCCGCCUUCACCCGCAUAUACGACGCCAUCGAAUCCCUCAAACACGCCUCCUCCCUCUCCUCCCACUCCUCCUCCACCGCCGCCUCCGCGCAGGCCCAGGCCUUAUUGGAGCUUGAGAGGUCGGUGAGGGCGCUGAAUGCGGGGAUCGUGGAUGAUGUGCGGCGGGCGGUGGAGGAGGGCGUGAGGAAGGGGGUGAGGGAGGGGAUGGAGGGAAUGGUGUUGAGGGUGGAGUGGAAAGAGCCGGGGGUGGGGCGGGCGGUUCCUCAGGCGCAGGCGGGGGCUCAGCCUCAGUCUCAGGCCCAGCAGGGGCAGGGGCAGAGGGAAGAGGUGAGGGUGGAAAGAGCAGCGCCAGUGAAUGCGACUGCAGGCCCGUCAAGACCUGCCAACAAUACCUCAUCGCCUACGGCUUGGAACCUGAGCGGUCUAACAGGCCUCGGGAACCUAUCCAGCGCCGCCGAAAACUCGCAACUCUCCAGCCUCUUCUCCCUCGCCCAACAAUCCCAGUCUAUGGCCCAACCCCACCCGCACCCCGCCGUCCACACCCCCUCCCACUCCCACCCCCACCCCAUCCCCGCAUCGAGCGAUACCCCCCUCUCAUCCUUCUCCCUCGGCACGCCCUCGCAAAACUUUACAAUGUCCCGCGAAGUCAAAUCCGUGCCCGACCUCUGGAAAGAAUACACCAUCGGCUGGGACGGCCAGCCCGCCGUGCGCGAUAUCUACGAGGGCAACCCCCGCAAACGCCGGCGCGGCAAGCGCUUCCGCGACGAUAGCGAGCGCAAGUUUUACAGGCGCAGAAAGAAGGUGCUGGAGAUGGUGGAGGCGUUGGUGGAGAAGGGGGUGGGGGAGGAGGAGGCGGUGGAGAGGGUGGAGAGGCUGAGGGAUAGGAGGAAGUGUACGUUGAACAAACUGGGGGAGAUUAUACCGGAGAUGACGAGCGAGGAGAUUGCGUUGGUGUAGAUCUCUCCAUGGACUGUACAUUGCUUCUUAUUAUAUCGCCUAUAGAUCAUUGUAUGUAUUACAUGCAAGAGAACAGAUGCAACCACACUA